AUGAAUCAAUAGUUUGAGCAGAACUGUCCAUUUUAAGGUAGGUAAUACGAUUUCUUGACAGAUUCGGAUAACUAUAUAGAGAAGGGAAGAGGGAAACCAACAUCAUCAUUUGCAGAAUACGUGCAUGGUCUUAAAGAGGGUAGAUAAGGAAAGAUUCGACGUUAGCAUACUGAAAUAAUAAAGAAAUCUCCAACACUUCCAAGGAUUGAUCCUGUGAUUCCAGAACUUUAAAAGAUGAACGAUCAUUUUGUUUUGAGCAUGAACAAAAAUGUAGUAGGUUAAUAAUGCUUAGGAAAUCAAGCAUCAACUCCAAGAUGUAUGGUUCAUAUGCCUUUGUCAAUAACUCGUAAGUCAGUGAACUGUCAAAAGUAAAUAAAAUUAUCUCCGAUCACAUCUAAAAGUGCUGUUUGUAUAAGAUUACCAUAAGAGGAAGAUGAUGGAAUCUUCUUAACUAAGAUAGGAGGAGAGGAGACAAUUAGAGGAAUUGCUAGAAUGUUUCAUUAGCAUUCUUAAAAUCAUCCAAUAAUUUAGAGUAAUCAAUAUAAUAAUGUAUUUAGAAAUUGAUGAUCCUUAAAUGUAUGAAAUCAAAUUUGCAACAUUUUUAGAGUAUAUCAUGGGUAAACCUGUGUUCUUUAACAUUGAAAACUUAAAAUAGAAACAUAUUCCUAUGUAAAUAACAAAUGAAUAAUACAACCAGUUCAAGAGUUAUUUGAUCGUAAUUAAUAAAUUUAAAUUUAAAGAGUAGUUUUAUAAAAUGCAACAAAGGACCUCCAGAAUUAAUAUUUGAAUUUAGUGCAUUAAUAGAAUAAUACAAAUACUGUAUAAUAACUACAGAAUAAACAUUUGCAUAGAUAUUUAACAAGAAAACAGAACAUAAUUUAGAAGAGACUCCAGAAUCAAUAGUAAAUUUGGCUGAUUAACAUUAUUAAAAGAUUUAAGAGGAUCAAACAUUAUGUGAAUAUUUCAUAGGAAUUAGAAUGGAUGAACAAGCAAAAAAGUUAGGUAGGAUUGUACAUUAAAUGAUGGGAUGGGAUUGUAGUGUAGAUUAUGUAUUAAAUUAUUUGAGAAAAUCACAUCAAAAAAUGAAUUUAACUAAUGUCCAUUUUACAUUAUUCAAAUCUUAUUUAGUAGAAUCUAUGAAGGAUAUAGGAUUAAAAGAAGAUUAAGUUGAAUUGAUAACAUAAAGAAUGGAUGGAUAUCGUAGUUGUAUAGUAAAUUAAGAUUGUUUAUUAGACUUUUACUUUUAAUCUUCAACUUUAUUUAAAGUUUAAGUAAAGAAGUAUGAAGUACUUCUAUAAAAAGAUCCAAGAUUUCGUAAUUUUCCAAAUAUUUAUGCAUUAUUAAGACAUGCUCAUUUUCUUCUUAAAUAUGUAACUCAUUAACAUUAACCAUUACUUACUAAAACUGAUCUUAAGACUUUACAUAAACAUUGCAUUAUUUAAAAUGAAUGGAUUGAUGCAUUUAGAGACAAUUUCUUUCAUCUUAUUAAGAGUUAUACUCUUGAUAGACUAAUUCUAUAAGAUUAUGCAGACAUUUGGUUUUCACUCAGAUACACUAUUAUGAAUUAAUGUACUAUAGAAAGUGUUGUUGGAUAAAGUGUUAUUGAUUCUGUACAAUUUAAAAUAUAAAUUAAUCUACAAGAUAACGAAAUUUACAGUGAUCAUUUUAGAAAUGCAGAUUAUCAAAUCAAAUCUCAUAUUAAAAAAAUAAUUACCUUUAUCUUCAAAAACUCUUAAAUCUAUAAAUCUAAUGACUUAAGGGUUAUCCAUUAUCCACUCAAAAUUAGUGAACAAACCUUUAAUUUAUUUGUUUAAUUAAUCAAAUAAGUUAUGCAUGAAGAGAAAGUACCUAUAAAUCUCAUUCAUCUUGCAGAAUAGAUUUGUCAUUAUUAUAAAAAUAGUAUUUGCAAUCUAUGA